GCAUGUGUGUCUGCAGUGCCAUUCAGUCAUUUAAAGCAACCGUCUCUGCUUUGAAUGUGUGUGUGAGUGUGUAUGUGUGACAGAUAGAGAGUGCAUGUGUGUCUGUCCCAGUCUCCGGGGAGGUGGGAGUCUAACAGCCUGUUUGAGAUCAAAGACGAGACAUUCAUUUGGAUCAAGGUUGAAGCUCGAUCGGUGCAUUGGGAUUUCUAAACGGAGAGUAGAGAAACAUUGUGCCAGCCUACAACCACAGGAACGUCCAGCGUUCGGAAAACUAUUGUCACCGAAAGCGAGAGUAAAAGAGUCCGGCGAAAGGUGUGCACGAUACGUUACCUGAGCGUGUACUGAAUGUUGCCUAAACUCUUUUGGCUUCUGUAGAGCGUGACUGUUGUGAAAGGGCUUCGGCACCGUACUUGAUCGUUACUUUAACAUCUGUCUGUAGUAAGAGCAUCAUCAUGGCUGUACAACGGAUGCCCGAAUCUGCCGUCUGCCUUCUUAUGAUGACGGAAGGGCGGAGAUGUCAGGUUCAUCUCCUGGAUGACCGGAAACUGGAGCUCCUGGUGCAGCCCAAGUUAAUGGCAAAGGAUCUUUUGGAUCUGGUGGCAUCUCACUUCAAUCUCAAGGAGAAGGAAUACUUCGGAAUCUCCUACAUAGAUGAGACGGGUCAUUUCAGCUGGUUGCAGCUGGAUCGCCGUGUUCUGGAACAUGAGUUUCCCAAGAAAUCCGGACCCAUUGUGCUUUACUUCUGUGUUAGGUUCUACAUUGAGAGUAUCUCUUACCUUAAGGAUAAUGCAACAAUAGAGCUCUUCUUCCUUAAUGCAAAGUCCUGCAUCUACAAGGAGCUCAUAGAGGUGGACAGUGAGGUAGUCUUUGAACUGGCCUCCUAUAUCUUACAGGAAGCUAAAGGAGACUUCACAAGUAAUGAUGCUACGAGGGCUGAUCUGAAGAAACUGCCAGCACUGCCUACACAAGCACUGAAGGAGCAUCCUUCACUCGCAUACUGUGAGGACCGGGUUAUUGAGCACUAUAAGAAGCUAGGCGGACAGUCCAGAGGCCAGGCUAUCGUCAAUUAUAUGAGUAUAGUGGAAUCCUUGCCGACAUAUGGAGUGCAUUAUUACGCUGUUAAGGAUAAGCAGGGUAUUCCAUGGUGGCUGGGAUUAAGUUAUAAGGGCAUUUUUCAGUAUGACUACCAGGACAAAGUCAAACCAAGGAAGGUGUUCCAAUGGAGACAGCUGGAGAAUCUGUACUUCAGGGAGAAGAAGUUCUCAGUGGAAGUUCAUGACCCGAGAAGCAGGGCGUCGGUAACGCGAAGGACGUUUGGUCACAGUGGCAUCGCUGUGCACACUUGGUACGCCUGUCCCACCCUCAUCAAAUCCAUCUGGGCCAUGGCCAUCAGCCAACACCAGUUCUACCUGGACCGCAAACAGAGCAAGAGCAAGAUUCACGCAGCACGCAGUCUGAAUGAGAUAGCCAUAGACUUGACAGAGACGGGAACACUCAAGACCUCCAAACUGGCCAACAUGGGCAGCAAAGGCAAAAUCAUCAGCGGAAGCAGUGGCAGCCUGCUGUCCUCAGGCUCUCAGGAGUCGGACAGCUCUCAAACUGCUAAGAAGGACAUGCUGGCGGCUUUGAGGGCCAGACAGGAAGCUCUCGAGGAGACGCUCAGACAGAGAAUAGAAGAACUGAAGAACAUCUGCAUUAGAGAAGCGGAGCUGACAGGAAAGCUCCCUAAGGAAUAUCCUCUGGACCCCGGAGAGGAGCCACCUACCGUCAGACGCAAAAUUGGCACGGCAUUUAAACUGGAUGAACAGAAGAUCCUACCCAAAGGAGAGGAAGAGGAGCUGGAACGUAUGGAAAGGGAGUUUGCGAUCCAGUCUCAGAUAACGGAGGCGGCACGGCGGUUAGCGUCGGAUCCUCACAUCAGCAGCAAAAAACUGAAGAAGCAGAGGAAGACGUCAUAUCUGAACGCUCUGAAGAAACUGCAGGAUAUCGAGAACGGCAUCAAUGAAUACCGCGUUCGAUCCGGGAAGAAACCCACGCAACGUGCCUCUCUCAUCAUAGAGGAAGCAAAUAUCGGCUCAGAGGACAGCUCUCUGUCUGACGCCCUGGUGCUGGAUGAUGAUGACCCCCAGGUGACAGGAACCCCGACGUUCUCCCCGGCCGCUUCCCCACACAAGGGUCUCCCGCCACGUCCCCCCUCCCACAGCCGGCCGCCUCCUCCACAGUCCCUGGAUGGACUAAGACACCUGCACUACCAGCGCAGCGACUACGACAAGUCCCCCAUCAAACCACGCAUGUGGAGCGAAAGCUCAUUAGACGAGCCCUACGAAAGGGUGAAAAAACGCUCCUCGCACUCCAGUAGUCACAGGCGGUUCCCUAGCACAGGCAGCUGUGAAGCAGGAGGCAGUAACUCUCUCCAGAACAGCCCGGUCCGCUCCCUCUCUCACUGGAACAGCCAGUCCAGUAUGCCCUCAACUCCUGACCUGAGAACACGAAGCUACGUCCACUCAGCAAGUCUAACUCAACCCUUCCGUGGCCGGAGCUCCAGUCUAGAGUCACAGGGAAAGCUGCUGUCAUUGGAGGCAGACACAGAGACAGGACUUAGCCCUGACCUCUUCCUAUCAGGCCCACAGAGGACAGGAAGCAACGGCUCUGUUGUCCCAGACGACUGCUCGUCUUGCACCAGCCACUCCAGCUCAGAACAUUACUAUCCCUCGUCCACCUCUAACCCCAACUACUGCACGCUGGCCGAGGACUCGCCCUCCAAAGCCCGGCAGAGACAGCGACAACGGCACAAAUCCGCCGGGCACCUGGGUGCCUCUAGUUCCGGCAGCAUGCCCAACCUGGCGGCCCGUAACGGAGGCACCCAUUCGGGGGUGUGCGGGAGCCACCAGGGCGUGUACCUCCACAGCCAGAGCCAACCCUCCUCUCAGUAUCGCAUCAAAGAGUACCCACUUUACACCGAGGGCAGCAGUCCUAACGCCGUGGUGGUCCGCAGCCUGGAAAACGACCAGGAAGGUCACUACAGUGUCAAGGCGCAGUUCAAGACCUCCAACUCGUACACGGCUGGUGGUCUUUAUAAGGAGGGGUGGGGCUCAGGGGAGGACGGGGAAUCAGGCGGGAGCAGCGGGAGGUUGACGCCCUCUCGUUCGCAGAUUGUGAGGACUCCAUCUCUGGGGAGGGAGGGUGGAGGUGGUCGGACAGCGGUGUCAGACGAGCUGCGGUGCUGGUACCAGCGCUCUUCUGGAUCACUGAAGGAACGCAGUCGGGUCACGCACACCAGCUCCAACGCUUCAGAGGGACGCGAGGGGAGGAUAGGAACGCUAGUGAAGGGCUCACCAGCUGCCUCUCCGCUCAGUCAGAGAAGUGGAACGCCCUGUAGUGACCCCACAGCCACGCCGCCCUGUAGCCCACAGCACAUCCUCAACUGGCAGAGCGGAUCUCCGUUCAACGAUAGUUGUUUCCUGAGCAGUCCCCUGUGCUCUGAGAUAGCGGAUGUACAGUGGUACGGACGUGAGAAGGCAAAGCCGGGAACACUUGUCUAAACCCCCAUCCCUCUCGCCUCUGUCUAAAACGGAGAGUUCAAUAGGCAGGCCUGACUAAAGGCUGGACCUUAACUCAUCUAAACACACCAUUGGCUGGAGCCAGUACCACCUGACCUGCUCUUCCCCCUUUAACUUUCUCUCUGUAUAUCCGGCGGUACAGCGCUUACGAGCAACGGAAAUACAGGAGACUAAACUGAACUUGACCUUUCCUGACCCUCAUUCGAUGAACUUCGACCCAGUUAGCUGGCAGCCAGAUCCUCUGUAUGCACAAACCCUCCAUGUUUAAUCUGUUGGCGCAUGAGAGAAACCUCUUAUGUGCACGUUUAUUGUACUAUAAGUAAACUCCACCCAUACAUGCUCAACAUGACAUUGUCCCCUGCUGUCGUGUGUGUUCCCUUUGCACUGAUGUCAGAGAGCCGACAUCGUUCUCUUUCAUACACAUGACAUGCACAAAACACAUUCCGAUGAAUUGCUUUGUCAUCGACCAACUUCUUUGUAGAUUUUUAUUUUUUCAGUUCGACGACCACAAGCCCCUACAGCAUACCUUCUCAUUGGAGCCGAGUGCACCAUAAGCCCCGCCCACCGAUGUGAGUUGGCAACCUCUCCACGUCGGACCUGGAUUUGAUGGUCAUGAUGUGAAUACAAUUCAGCUAAAACAACCAGGCGCAUGUAUUUCCGAAAAAACACUGUUCAUGUCUGUGAAAACUGUGAGUGUCAUUUUGGAAACGUGGUCUUUGUAUGUAAUUUGUCAUCUGCAAAUCAUUCAAUACCUUGGUUUACAUUAGCUAACAUUUAGAAGCCAUAGCUGUCAAACUAAUGUUAGAUAGAGGUUAGCUCAACGUUAGCAUGACCUUCUCUCGACCGAUCUGUGAGGUACUGUACGUGCCGCGUAAUAACUCAGGCCACAACCAGUGUACUUUGUUACUACGGCAGUUUGCCAAAAUGGUGCUCUGAGCCUGUGCUGUACACAGAUGAUGUCCCACAAUGCCCUGCUGUAAGCCCGAACUGCAUGCAGAACGUCACAGCGUGAAAAUGACAAAUCCCCUCAUAGUCUAUGUAGUGUUGUGACAUCAGUGAGGUAACACGAAUGCCGUAUCUAAACCUUAAGUGGGACUCCGAACAAUCCUGGCCUUAUAGGUUUUGAGGUUUUUUGGUGUGUGUCUUGUUUUUAAUACUCACAUCACCAUUAUAACAUAUUACGCUCAUGUGUAUAAAAACCGCAAAGUCAGAUGAGCACAACGUAACGUGGCACACAGACUACUAAAAUGAUAUUGCAGUCUAAAUGAUGUUACCUCUGACCUAUAAAGGAUUUCAGGAGAUCAGCAUUCCAGAAUGUGAGACUCGAGCAGGUGCUCUGUUUUCAAAGCAUGCAAACUUCAUAACCAAUAAGCUCAAACAUCUCUGUAUGAGAUGAGUACAGGGUGCGUCUGAACCCGAGACCACUGGUGCCCGUCACCUCGAUCGUCGAGGAAAACAUCAAGCCAUAAAGCGAAAGAUCACGUUUAUUUAUACACACUGCAGUUUAGACACAAAGUACCUUAAGAAACAGCUGAAAGCACAGCCUUGGCUGUUAUCAGUCGACAUUAUAAAACAAUCAUAACAUUCAAAAGGGUCCAAGACUCAAACUGUAUGGCCAGUCAUUAAAUCAUACCACCCAGAUUAUCUCCAAGUCAGAAAUGUUUCGUUUGCCCUAAACUAGAUGGUUUAACACACACUGUGCAUCUAAAUGUCAAUGUGAGCUCACUCCUCGUCUACCUGUGUUCGAUAACAGCAGUAAUCUUUAACUAACACAUUUAUCUACAUUUAUAGGUAGGACUGUGGAAAUCUUGACUGGGUUCUUUUAAGAGAGAGUGUUUAUUUAAUGAAUUUUAUAAAUCAGUAUUUGUUUUAAUUUUACACAAAGCUGGGAAAUGGCAGCAACAUGUUCAGGUGCUACAGGACGAGCAGAUGCUGAGGAAGAUGAGCGCUUUGUUUCCUAGCCGUAGACGUUACCCAACUGUCGUUAAUAGCAGUUGCGCAAAAUGAAGGACGUUAGUUACUAAACUGUCUAUUACACUUCAUCUUGACAAUAGAGCAUGUUUUAUGAGUUCAUUUCAGACAUAACCGGACACAAUAAAACAAUGUUGUAGAGAAAAAAAAAUGUGGAAUUGUUGGGCGGGUUAAAUGUAACCAAAUUCCACAGUUAAUUUAUUCUUUUUUCUAUUAAGAAUUUGUAUAGUAACAUUUUUCAAAAAUCGUGUUGUUGGCAACUGAUACUGAAUUUUCCAGAAGAGAAAUGUGGUGGUUCUUGAGAUUCUGAAAAUAAAUUAUUGCUGAAUGUUCUCUAAAA